AGAAAUAAAUAAGAAUAUCUAAUAUCAAGAGUAGUCCAUUAUGUUCCAGUCUGAUAUAGAUCAGAAAUAUGAUGAAGCUGUUAAAGUCCUUAACUCUCUACAACCUAGCCCAGAAGCUUUAAGGAAAAAACUUAAUGAUCCAACGAGAGACCUUUAUGAACCUUUAAAGCAUAUAAACGAAUAUAUGUUAAGAACGGAUAUUAAUCAUGAUGACUUGAACAAACUAGGUGUUAUACAUAUUACUGGAACUAAAGGAAAGGGAUCUACAUCGGCAUAUUGUGAAAGUAUUCUAAGGCACCAAGGUUAUAAAACUGGAUUUUUUAGCUCACCCCACCUAAUGGAGGUUAGAGAACGUUUUCGUAUAAAUGGUAAACCAAUGUCAAAAGAGAAAUUUUGUCAAAUAUUUUGGGUUAUUUAUAAUCAACUGGUUGCUACUAAGGCACAGUAUGAAUAUCGAAUGCCAAGAUUCUUCUGUUUUUGCACACUAUUAGCUUGCCAUUUAUUUAAACAAGAAAAUGUGGAUGUUUUUAUAAUGGAAGUUGGUAUUGGCGGUGAAUAUGAUGAAACCAAUCUAGUUCCCAAGCCGUACAUAUGUGCAGUUACCUCCCUUGAUAUAGAUCACGUAGAUGUAUUAGGUAAUACUAUCGAGUCUAUUACCUGGCAUAAAUCGGGCAUAUUUAAGAAAGGAAGUCGUGGUGUAACAUCAGAACAACCAGAAAAAGCAAUGGAAGUUAUGUUAUCUAGAUCUAAAGAUAGGCAGUGUCCUGUGUAUGUUGCGUUACCACUAGCAGAAGAAUAUGGGAAGAUAUUAAGUAUAAGGGGUGAAAAACAAAGAUUAAAUGCAGGCUUGGCUGUAGAGAUUUGUAGAUUGUGGAAUAUACGACACAAAACAGGCCAAUCUUGUUCAUCAGAAGAUAUAUCAUUAACUAACGAGAGUCUUCAUGGUGUGCCUAUAUUACAAUCUGCCCCACUGUCACAAGAAGAAAAAAAAGGUUUAUCUGAAUGUAAAUGGUAUGGUAGAAAUCAAAUAGUACAUAAACCUGGUAUUACAUAUUAUUUAGAUGGAGCUCAUACCAAAGACAGCAUGCGACAAUGUGCAACUUGGUUCAAGUCGGUGUCUAAAUCAGAAGAAAGUAAUAUUGAAGGAAAGGUUGUGAGAAUUUUGAUAUUAAAUGUGACUGGUGACAGAGAUGUUGCUUCUUUGGUUUCUUUUUUAAAGCCAUGUGAAUUUGACGCCGCUGCUUUUACUCCAAACAGAAAGUAUAAAGAUAUCUCCAAAAAUAGAGCUGAUGAGUUUGAACUGAGUAAUAAUGAUGAAAUGAAACAAAUACAAAGUAGGCGAUGUAAACAAAUAUGGGAUAAUACAGAAAAUGAUACCAUGAUUAAUAAUACAGAAAAUGACGUGAUGGUUGGUAAUACCAAGAUCUCCCACUAUUUUCCCUGUAUAACCGAUACCUUAGUAUGGGUUACCCAGGGAAGAGACGCUAAUAUUUCCAACAUUACUGAAGAAACUCUGCCAGACGUUCCUCCUAGCCUUAAAGAUGCUAACCAUCUACAGGUUCUAGUAACGGGAAGUUUGCAUUUAGUAGGAGGCGUUUUACUCCAGAUUUCUCCGGGAUUAAAUGAUUAAAUAUGCUAAGGCAUCUUCAUAAUAUCGAGAUAUUGUGAUCUAGGCCCGAUACCUUGACCGCGUUGUUUGCAGAUUUUUAUGGCUAUAUUAUCAAAAUUAAGAGUACUACACCAUAAACGUUUGAGAAAGUAGCCUUAGUUUCACACGGUCACAGGUAUCGAUUUAUGCGAGUGCUGUAUUGUGCGAUUAUUGAUUUUCGCAGGAUAUAAAUCGGCUAUUUUCAGAUAACUGUUGCAAUACAACUUAGUAGGCAAAGACAGUCAAUGUACUUGGUAUAACAUAGGCCAAUGUCGCAUAAUCUUGAUAUUGUGAAGAUGAGUUUUAGUUAGAUGGUAAAGAUUCAACAAUAACAAUAAUAUUUUAAAUUGCGCACCAUUUCUUUUGUACAAAACCCCCAUGCAUAAUAAUAUGAACGUGACCGCGGUUUUAUCUUAUUUAUGCUUCCCUUAUAUCGUUGUUUGUUUAGGCUCAUCUAUUAAAUUAUCUAAUGUAUGUUGUAUUCAACUGUGAAUGUUGCGUAUAUUUGUAUAUUUGGGUUCAUAUUUGGGUUCAUAUAAUGUGAAUGUCUGUAUUUUGUAGCGCGCUAUAAUCCAAUGCCUUACUCAACGUAAGCGUUUAUACACAACUAACCGGCCGUGGCGUACUGGCCGGGUGGGGUGGGGGCUUUCGUUGAGGCAAAUAUACCUUGGCGGCCGAAAACUCGGUCAAGUGAUGUCCGAGAUCAAAUAGUCCCGUACGCCCAUGCUUAAUGUUAUGCUUUUAAACGAGCUUCAAAUUGCUUCAAAGUAUGAAUGGACCGAAGUUCAUCUGGUAGAGAAUUCCUUUUAUCAGUCCAUCCAUAUUUGAAGUUCUUGGAAGGCGGGUGAAAUUGUUGUUAGUUUCUUGAUUAGAUCCUGGGAGAAAUGAGUCACACAAACUUUUGUAGUAUCUACACCCUUACCUAUACAUAUAUUGGUUUCAUCUGUUAAAUUGGUUUCAUCUGUUAAUUAUUUUUUCUUUAAAUUAAUAAUAUUGUUAUGUAUAAUGUUUAUAUUUUGUUGAACUAUUAAUGAAUUAUUUUGUUGAACUAUUAAUAACUAUUAAUGUAUUAUUUUGUUGAACUAUGAAUGUAUAUUUUAGGUUAAUAUGUUAAAAUUUACGAGUAUAGAGUUAACAUUCAAUUAAACUGCAUUGCCAUGCCAUCAAA